AGAAGCGGUAAAAGAAAAGAAAUUACGGAUUAGAUCAAACGAUGCGCGGGGUGCGGAGCGGCACCGGGAGCGGCCCCGGAGCUCGGCCCGGAGCUCAGCUCGGGACCGGGGGGAGGGAGGCGGGACCGGGCGGGGCUCGGGAGCCGACCCGCUCCAAACCCGCCCCCCGCCGCGGGGAGGAGGCGGUGGCCGAGCCCCCCCCGCUCCGUGCUGAGCCGAGCCGUGCUGCAGCCGUGCCACAGCCGAACCGAGCCGUGCCGGGCUCAGCACCAGCGAACCGAACCGAACCGCACCGCUUCUCGCCGAUGGCGGCUCCCGGUCCCACGCGCGUCCCGGUCCAAGCACGGAGCCGCCGCUGAGCGCUGCGCACCGGCCCGGCCUGCAGAAAGGAGAAAUGUUUGGAGUUUGCAAGGAGCUGAGAUGAGAAAAAGGGGAUGGGAGGUGACUGCGAGUCAGCGCCGCUCUCCGAAGGCUGGCGGUGAUGGGGGUUUAAUGGCUGCACCCAUCAGCUCCCACCAGGUCCAACCUGCUCUGGAUGGACAGAUCCCAGCACUGUCAGAGUUUCAAUGUUCUGACUUGCUCUAAGAUGAAGGUAUGGAAGUUUGCAGCCAUUGCAUCGAUGCUCCUCAGUUCCAUGUUAUCCAUUUUAGUUUGUAGAGACAUGUUCAACGGAAGCCGGACAUACAGCCCCUUGCCUUCCUCGCUGGCCUCACGGGCAUCCUCCUCCUCCUCUUCCUCUUCCUCGCUGCCGGUGGCUCCGCGGAGACCCCCCCGGGCCCUGCCACGCCACAGCUCUCUGCUCUCCCAGUACAGCAGCCUGCUGGAGAGCUACACGGAAGGGGAGAUCCGGCAGCUCAUCUCGGCGCUGGUGGAACGCUACAGCCAGGCCAUGAACUCGGGUGGCCACGAGUUGCCCCUCUUCCCCAAAACGGGCAACCGCAUGAAGCGGGCACGCGCCCGCCACAAACCCUGCGCCCUGAAGGAGCUGGAGGUGAGCGUCAGCGAGUUGGGCCUGGGCUACGAGUCAGAUGAGACCGUGUUGUUCCGCUACUGCAGCGGCACCUGCGAUGCAGCCGUCAGGAACUACGACCUCUCGCUGAAGAGCGUGCGCAGCAGGAAGAAGAUCAGGAAGGAGAAGGUGCGCGCACGGCCCUGCUGCAGGCCGCUCUCCUACGAUGAUGAUGUGUCCUUCUUGGAUGCCUACAACCGUUACUACACCGUCAACGAGCUGUCGGCCAAAGAGUGCGGCUGUGUGUGAAGGGCCGGGUUGGGGGGUGGCCCAAUGGGGGCGAAGGUUACGGUGGGGAUGGGGAUGGACCCCACACCGCCGCCCGCCCCAUGGACCUCCCAUGUCCAGUUGGAGGAGGAGAGACGACCCGUGGACCUACCAUGUCCAUUGGGAAGAGGAAAGAUGCCCCAUGGACCUUCCGUGUCCGUUGGGAGGAGGAGAAAUGCCCCACAGACCCCCCAUGUCCACUGGGACCCUCCAGGUCUGUGGGGGAGGAAGAGAGAUGCCCCACAGACCAUCCAUGUCCAUUGGGAGGAGGAGAGAUGCCCCACGGAUCCUCCACGUCCGAUGGGAGGAGGAGUGAUGCUCCACGGACCCUGCAUGUCCACUGGGACCCUUUUUGUCCAUGGAGGAGAAGAAGAGGUGCCCCAUGGACCCUCCAUGUCCAUGAGGGAGGAGGAGAGAUGCCCCAUGGACCCCCACAUGUCCAGUGGGAGGAGGAGAGACUGCAAUGCUCGCAUGGCCCCGAGCGCUGCUCCCUGCCCACAUGUGUGCACUGUGACCGUGGGGCUGCAGAGGAAAGUGUAAGUGUGAGUGUUGUCCCACUGAGUGGGUUCCCAUCAGCUGACCCUCCAGUUGGGUGUGCGACACAGGCGCUGGGCUCAGGGUGUGACACACACUCAGGGUGUGCUGCACGUGGGGUGUUGUGCACAGAUGUUGUCCCUGUCGUCGUGCACUGGUUGUUGUCACACAGAUGUGUCACCCGAUGAGGGGUUGUGAGCUACACAUAGAGGUGACAGGGAUGUGUGUGCAGGGUCCAACGUGUGCAGUGUAGGGUGCCUGGCGUUACGACGUGCUGUGGGCACAGGGGGUGUUGGAUGGCUACGGGUGCCCCAGGUAUGGCUGACAUCCCCUGUUUUCACUGUGUCCAUGCUGGGGUCCCCGUGCUGUGCCUCAAAGCCCCACGUUGGGUGCAGAGCUGCAUGCACUCCGUCUCCAUUCCCCACACCCCAUCCCCUUACUCCCUGCAGCUGCUGCUUUGUAGGAUAAUCUGCAGUAACUGGAUUAAGCCCACGGCCCCUCCGCCUGCAGCCGGGCUGGAGACGUGCCACUGCCAUGGAGGUGACACAGAGCCAUGGGGCCACCAGCACGGCUGGGCUGCAGCAGGUGAGGAUCCCCCAAAGCUGGCCCAGGGCAGCACAGCUCGGAGCGCAUGCAGGACAGGGCUCAGGCCUGGGCUUUGGCUCCGCUUCGCAUUUACAGCAGUGUCACUCUUGUUUACUCUGCGGAGAAAUAAAUGAGACCGCAGACUUUUGCAUUCUCCGGGCAGGCUAAAUUUGUUGCCUGGGAUUGAUGGGUUUUCUCCCCUUGGCCCUCUUCCCAGAAAAAGCAAAUCAUAAACAGAAGGAGAAUAUUGGUGUCGUGUCCUGGGCAUGGAGGAAGAACGCUCCGAUGGCAGCGCUCCACUGGGGGACCUCUGUGCCAUAUUGGGACCAUGGCCACUGGGGACAUGGGCAGGAUUUUAGGGUGGUGGUGACAGAGGUUACCCCAAAAGAAGCAAAUGCAGGAGGAUCUGUGCUUGUGACCCACGCUGUGCCCACAGCUUGCUCCUGCCCUCAAAUAAAGCAACACAACGCACCCAAAUCUAAUAAUAAUAACUGCGCUCUGAAGGGCUUGGGCACGUUCCAGUUCUCACUACUAUAAAACUAAAAUUAGUUGUGUUGCAGAAGCCUCCAGUUAAACAAGCAAAAAAAAAAAAAAAAAAGAAAGAAAGAAAGAAAAACCAACCAACAAACAACCAAACAACCAAACCCCAAAGGCACUGCAGCACAGGAAGGUGCUCAGAGCAGAGCAGCAGGGUGAGCACCGAGCUCCCCGUGUCACCAGGAGCGCAAAGGUGAUGCUGAGGUUUUGCAGCUGCUGUGUUGCUCCUGGUGUCAGGUUUUGGAGAUGUGUUGGAGAUACCCACUGCUUUCGGGGCUUGCAGGGCUGAGGUCAGCAGCAGCUUUGCACCCUCAUGCUGCUGAACUGGUGCACUUUGCAACCCCAAAAGCACCCCAAAGCAUUGGGAAACCCCCAGUGCGAAGCGUGUUGCAAAGCAACGCGGAUAGCUGCAACGCCUCUUCCUUUUUUUCCCCCCCUUUCCUUUUUCACCCCACGCGGAGGUGCGGGGGAAGUGGCUGACGUUGGCAGCGUGUGAUGGUUCGAGGAGUGCAUCUGGGCUGCAGCUGCACUGUGCAGCCACACAACACCCGGGGGACGAGCAGGGCCAACGCGGCCAUCACCCAACCGUGGCUUUUGCUUGCGUGUCGCUUUUGUGCGUGUCACUCAGGGUUGUCCUCUUGGGGACACGUGUGUCCUCCAGCUCCGGGAGCAUCGUCCUGUCCCGCAAUGCCUGAGCAAGGAAAUGUGGUUCCAAUAGAACCGCCGCUCUUUCCCUUAAUGCUUUCCAUUUCUACAGCCCUCUCCGCUGUAAUAGGAGCUGGAGCUGUCUGGAAGAAUGUCUACAAUGCAGAAAAGGCAAAAGGAUGGAAAAUUCCCCGCUCAAAGCUACGGCGCAAUCUCAUCUGGCUCUCUUCCUCAUCACCCCAUGCGUUACUGAUUGCUAAUAACGGUGUGCAACAUCUGUUGGGUGGUGUUUUUGGGAUUUUUGGGGCAUCUUCAACCCUGCAGCUUGCCCAUCACCCAAGGCAGGAGACGAGGGCUGGAAACGACGACGAGAUGUUUAGAACUAUUCCAGUGGUUGUGACAGCGCAAAAUAUGAGUGUUAUGUUAUCCCGACUCUCUGAUAAUGAGUUAUGGGACGUUUCAUUGUGUUUUACUAUACACAUCCCCAUAUGGCCGUGCAGUGUUUGGGUAACUCUGGCUCUGGCUCUGGUUCGGCUCCGCCUGUCACUUGCAUCAGUCGGGAUCCCAUUUGCCAACAUGGGCGCACUCCCGAUUUGGUAUCGGUGAGGGGGAAUGGGCCUAACAUCAUUGUUUCCACUCGGUGAAAGCACUGGCAAACGUUGAGUCCUUUAUUUAAACAGGUUCAGAAAUGUGCUGGGAAGAAAUCAUUUCUCCCAGUUUAUCAAGACAAAUGGUUUUUCGGCUGUAUUCGAGACCUCAGCCACCAUCUCUUCAUAAAUAGGGCCACCACAUGGUUUUGUUCUUGGUUAAACAAGGCAGAACCUCCGAGUUGAGGCCCAAGAGGAAGAAAAGAAGGGAAGAAAAAGGAAAAAAAAGGAGAGAUUUGGCAGCCAUGGGCAGGAGAAGGGUGAGCGCGGGAGGAGGCAGCCCCAUCCCCACAUCCCCAUGUCCCCAACAUCCCCAUAUCCCCACAUCCCCACAUCCCCAUAACCCCACGUCCCCAUGUCACCACUCAAUGCCAUUGGUGCAACCCCAUUUCCCCUCUGGUAUUGUCGGCUCUGUCCGACCAUCUGCAGAAGUUGAUGCAAUGCAUCUAUAUUUUAGAUACUCCCUAUUUAUUCGAAGUAACUUAUGUUAUUUAUUUAGAUACCAUAGUGUGCCAUCUAUGUAACGCGUUCUUUCUCUCUCUCUGUGUUUUUUUUUUUUUGUUUGUUUGUUUUUUUAAGAUUUUAUUUAUUGAUCCAAAUGGUGCCAAGUGCAGUUUACAUUUAUUACAUUUUUACCAUUUAUUCUAAACGUUGGGGGAAAAAAAAAAAAUGCAGUAUGAUAUUAUUUUUUUUAAACAAACAUAAACUCGGGUGUGAUGCUGUUACAUACUCACGAUAAAGUGAAAAUAAAAGGAGAAUUAUAUUGAUUUCUCUGUGGUUGUGUCAAUUUCCGUGGGGUUUUCAACUUACUGCUGCCUCCGAGCGAGUCAUUGAGGUGUGGCAUUAAGUCCCCAACGUGGGGAUGGGGACGAGCAUGGGAAAUGUGGGUUUUCUCUUGGAAGAGCAGAGAGGGUCCAUGUGGCUCUCUGCAGGCUAAAGGGGCGGAUGGAGCUCGACUUUAUUUUCCCAUUUCCUGCAGAAACCUCCAUGUGCAUCCGCCAACAGCCCCUGUUUGUAUCAUUCCAUCAUCACAAAGAUACACUGAUGCGGAAUCACUGAUUUAAAACAUUACCAGGGCUGGGUUGUUGCCUGUAUGAGUCUGUACUGGUUUGGCCACAGAAAUAAUUGUCCUCAUCGCCUCCGCAUGAAGGCUCUUCCACUUGGGUUGGCUCAAAGCUGACGUGUCCCGUAGGGAUGCACCAAUUCUGGCAAAAUCACGUCCAAAAAAAAAAAAAUUUUUUUUUAAAGGAAAGACGGGGAGAAAGAGAAUGCGAGGUUUUGAUAAGGUCAGCCAGAAACGUGUUUCAUUUGCUCAUCCGGAAGCAGAGCUGAGGUUAGAAAAGUUUUAUAGGGAAAACAACUCGCCGUCAGCAGCAGCGUUGGCUGUGGUUUUGUUGCUCCUCGUAUUAAGACGAUGACGAUGGUGGUUAAUAUUUUGCCUUGGGAGAAACGUUGCAAUAUGGAAUCCCAGCCAAGUUCAGCCCUCAACCACUCAUCCAAGCAGCACUUGUUCGUUCCAUCUUUACCACCCAUCAGCCCCAGGUGUCUGCCUCUUUCCAUGGGCAGAAGGGAACAGGCGAAAACGCCGUUGAACCCAAAAAAGUUUAUAGCAGUUUUUCAGGAAUGGAAAAAAAGGUCUGUUUAUCUUCCCCCCGUCGUGCCACCCAGAGAUCUGACAUCUCGUGGCCGACUCAACCACUCGCCCCUGAAGCUCUGCUCUGUAAAUAUUUUACGAAGCAUCUUUUGAGGCUCAUAAAUCUCCAUCUGCGCCCGCGUGCGCGGGAGUGUUGGGGGGGUGUGUGCUCCAAAAACUGUGAUCCUGCUGCUGGCCUGCCCGAAAAAAAUAGAAGAGAAAGGAAAAAAAAAAACCAAAAACCAAAGACAAAGUGAAGUUUUAAUGAUCAAAUUGGAGAGGGCUGCUUGGAAACUCUGACUCAUCCAGAAAGAAAAUAAUGUUUGCAGGUGACAAAGUACAGACAGGUCAUGCUCCUGGGUUGGGCUGAAGGGAUUUUGAGUGCCAUUUCUUGGGGUUGAGGAGUGUGUUGCUUGCUUGGAUGUGGGGGAUUUUCACUGGCUGGUGCCAGCUGUAAAGCCCCGACAUUUGGUAUCCAUGUUUUUAAGUAGAAAAGGAAACAGCUGAGAAAUGGGACGGAUGUCUGCCCAUAGGUUCAGGAAAGCUGGAAAGCAGAGGUUUGGGGUUGGGGUUGGUUCAGGUUCCUUCGUGCACUCAGGACAAAACUGGCAGGGAUGAAGCUCGGAGGGCUCCAUCUCCUGUGUUUUCAGAGUUUUGGUUUGUUUCAGCCAUUUCUCUUCCCAUCCCCACCUGCAAUGCUGCACUACACGGGGAUUUCUUUUUCUCUCACGCUCUGCCUUUCCUCUCCACUCCUGGUAGCCCUACAGAGCAGAGGUUCCAUGGGUAGGAAGCUCAGCGGAGCCAUGGGGAUAUUUUCUAGGAUGCUGAAAAUACUUGGAGUCAGGGGACACUGCAUUCUUCCAGGCCAUGAGGGGACAGGGAUGUCCCAGAGGAGGGACAGAAGCCCACACCAUGCCAUGCCAGCUGGUACCGAGGAAGGCUGACCACCUCCUGCCUUAGAUUGCAACUGUCUGCUUAGAUCCUGCUCCAAAAACUCAACUUUUUUACAUUAUUCUUUCUCCACUUCCCCAUGAGGAUCAGCCUCUUGCUCUCCUUUUCGGGAAGCAAACCUCUCCCCUUUGUUUUUCAGACCAUCUCUACCCAAAAGCAUCAGCUGAGAACAUUUCAGCCCGGCUCCUAUCACCUUUGGGUGAAGGCAGGGGAGGAUUUGGGGGGAGCAGGGACUGAAGGAGCCCCUCACACUGACGUAUGGCAUUUUCCCAAGUGGGUGCAGAUGGGAAAAACCAGCCCCAGGCCCCGCGGCGCAGCCAUCCAGAUGUUUCCUUCGAUUAAGUCACCCCUUCCAGAGUUUCCCAACUGUGGUGUCAGCUUUCUCAUCCCAUAAGGAACUCAGCCUGUGUGUGCCUCCAUGUCACUGAGGAGGGGAAGUUUCAUGCUGGAUUUUGUCCUGACGUUCCCAUGUCCCUGCCAGCCUUUCCUUGGCAGGAAGAAGCCGCUCACCUGCAGAAUAUUAGUUCUUUCUAAUCACAUCUAUCUCAGCUCAGUCAACAGCAUUAACAUCUUACAUUUCUCCAGCUGCUCAGGACCUGAAGGGCUUAGAGAUGGGAAAACACCACGUCGGUCAGUGCAUCUAGGAGAUAAAGGAAAGGUGUGUGUCUGCAGGCAGGCAAGGCAGGAGCAGAAGCAUGGGCAAAUAUUUGGCAAUAGAGAUGGUUGCUUCACAAAUAUUUUGCUCUUCUUUGAAGCAGUCAGCAAGCACACGGCCAAGGAAGAUGUGGCAUGUUUCUCUGUGUGAAUUUCUUUGCUAAGAUCCAGCAAAGGCUCUUCAAGAAACGAAGCAGCGUUGGUGAGGCCCCAUCUAGAUGGGUACCAUCAGAAGGAUGGGAAAUAGAGGAGGGAUUAAAGUUCAGAUUUCAGAGUGAAGGAUUUAUUCUUAGGCUUGUGAUGCUCAGUAUAUUCAACCAAUCUGCAAAGCAGAGAGAGAAAAUAAACAGGCGACAGUGCUAAAGACAAGGUCUUGCUGGUGGGUCAUCAGCCACAGAAUGACUGUGCAAGGAAAUGCAGAGGAAAAUCUUUACUAAAUGGUGCUGAUGGAGAAAACAAUUGUGUCUCUAUAUGCAUCGCUGGACUUGGAGCUGACUUUCCUCGUGGAAACAUCCUGGGGCUACAACAGACCUUUGGAAACCUCUGCUCAGGGCUCAGCAGCAGUCAGGAAGACAAGCUGGAUGUCCGGAGGUGGCAGCAGGGAGCUUGGGCUGUCUCCAUGCAGCUUAUCUCCAUGCAGUGGGGCUCCCCAGUUGGAAAGUAAACUUUCCAGUAGCAUGACCUGGAAAGCAGCAGGAAGUUCAAUAAAGGUCAAACACAAAAAGGUGUUUGUAAUGCGUGGCCUGGAGCACGGCCAUCAGCUGAUGGCAGAAGUUGGGAUGUUUGGGCACACAGGAGGAGGCAGCCCGUGACACAGCUGUGCUCAGCAUUUCCUUGCCAUAGGGUGCUGCACGUGUGAAAACUUCACUGCGCUUUCAGGGCCAUCCGUGUCACUUUACCCACACCAGUGUGCCCCUGUCAGAUCCUUCCCCACAUUCACGCUGUCUCACUAAGCUGUCCAAAAAACAGACUUGUAAAAUAAGGACAGCAGCCUCCUGCCUGCUGAGCAUCCUGAUGCAGCACCCUAAAGGCAGAGCCUGAGGCAAAGAGAGGUCAGGAGGGAGGAGCUGCACAGCACGGCCACCCCUUCCAGCUGCAGCUUUGCACAGUACAAAGUCCUUGAAGCAGAUUUACGACUGUAUAAAUUGCUUCUCCACCUUCCCCUCUCUACCCCUUGCUUCUGCCUUACAAUCAGUGGAGUCCAUCCAGAACUGUUUUCAGAGACUGGAGGUUAAAAAAAAAAAAAAAA